AUGCUCAAAAGGAAACGAGAGGACAGCGCCGGAUCGCUCGACAGCGAGGACGAAAAUUUGAAAUUAAAAGUCUCCAGACUGAAGGCCAAGACAGGCCAGGGUGUGAAGGCUCUGCACGACGCGCUCAAGCUUGCUAGAGGCUUCGAAAGACAGAAACUCGGCCGCCGGCAAAAGUCUGCCAGCGAUGCCCCUCAGACGCUGCUGCGCCUACGGGAGGAAGUCAUUGUCCUUAAGCAACUGCAACUCGACAAAACAGCCAAGAGCCGACUAUUCAAGAACCUCUUCAAAACGAAGCGCAUCAGAGAGCACCCGGUCUUCAUCAAAGCCUAUGGAGUGGAACCUGUGCUGGAUAAUGUCAAGGCCGGCGCCGAAGCCAAUGUAGUAGGCAGGUUGUUCAACUCUAAUCCCGUUAAACAGGCACUGCCGGUGAUCAUGAAGUCGAUAUAUGCUGUUCUUGGUAUCCCGCAGGUCACGCCACCCAAGCCUGUAGGAACAGGAAAUCCUGCCAGCAAAGCGGCCAAGGAGAAAGCAGAACCCAAGUUGGAUAGUGAUUUCGAUGGCUUCUCCGGCAGUGACAUGGAAGACCAUGCCGUUCUUGGGGAGGAACAGGGUCUAGGCUCGGAUGAAACGGAUGAAGAGAUGCUUGGAUAUGCAGGUCGGUUGGCUUCUUCAAGCGAGGACUCGGAGGAAGACAGCAUUGGCAUCCCAUCACUGUCACCACAGAGAACAGGGGUUCAGAGCCACGACGUCGGAGGGUUGGCCGGAAGAGAAAGUCUUUCAUUAUCGCCGACUCCAAGUGAGGUUUCUGAGCCUGAUGAUGCAAGGCGGCCUCCUGCGUCGCACCUGCGUCACAAGACUAGCACGACCGCAUUUCUCCCGUCUCUCAGCAUGGGAGGCUAUUAUUCUGGAUCAGACUCUGAAGACGACGGAGAUCAGCACCAUGGGCCCGCAUUGCCGAAACCACGGAAGAAUCGACGUGGCCAACGUGCACGCCAGCAAAUCGCCGAGCUCAAGUACGGAGAAAACGCAAAACAUCUCGGGAAACAGAAGCCUCAGGACGCGAGAAGUGCGGGCUGGGAUGCAAGAAGGGGCGCAGUAGGUCAACACGAUUCCCCAAAAGACCGGCUUUGGAAGAGGAUGGCCCCUCAAAAACGAACGGAGGGUCGCUCGACCACUCGAAUAGGACGGACAUUGAAUUCCGACAAGCAAAAAUCACGAGAUGACCAAGGGCCCAUUCACCCUUCUUGGGAAGCCGCGAGGAGAAGAAAGAUGCAGGAUCAGGCACAAGCCUCCUUUCAGGGCAAGAAAAUCACAUUUGACUGA